AAACAACCUGAGAUAAUGGAGAUGGUGGCAGAGAGACAAUAGGCGUCUGAAGGUCAGGAGAGUGAGGAUCUGGCUGCAGAAGAAGAACCUUGAGAGCCACAUUGAGACCCUGAAUAACAGAACUAGAACCCAAACCGAUGACGAUGCUAUUGCUUUGCUACCUUUUUGUGGGACUCAAGAUGGGAACUGCCAACAAAACAGACCCUGUCUCUGUUCGUUUGGGCGCAAAGAAUCGUCCUUGUGAAGGGACCGUGGAGAUAAAGACCCAGAGUGAGUGGCUGCCUCUGUGUAAAGACUCCCUGGAUGUGGCGCUUUCUGUGCCCAUCUGCAACGCACUGCAUUGUGGGAAACCAAAGGAUCCAAACCCUUCCUAUACUGAGGCCUUCACAAACUCUUCUGCGCAUGUCGCAAUACACUGUUCCACAGCCAACGAGUCACUGAGCCAAUGCGCAUUGUCCUAUUUGCCCCCAGGGAACUGCUCGGGUCCAGCAAUGAUCAGCUGCCAAGAACUAUCUGUAAAGCUUGUUGGAGGGGGAAGUCCCUGUGCCGGACGCGUUGAGCUUCUGCUGGAUGAGGUUUGGGGUUCCAUUUGUGAUGAUGGAUGGGAUGCCCUUGAUGCCCAGGUGACUUGUCGGCAGCUGGGUUGUGGUUUGCCUUUAAAAGCUCUUGGAGGGUCCCAUUUUGGGUCGGGGCCGUUAAAGAUUCACAGAGAAGAGGUGAACUGCAGCGGCGCUGAGCGUUAUUUGUGGGAAUGUCCAGCGAAGGCCAAUCAUGACUGCUCAGCCCGGGAGCACGCCGGGGUUAUCUGCUCUGGGCACCGGGCUGUGCGCCUCAAUGGGGGGUCCGACGGCUGCUCGGGGCGGCUUGAGGUGUAUCUCCAUGGCGUUUGGGGGACGGUCUGCAACAGUCACUGGGAUGAUGAAGACUCUGAGAUGCUCUGCAGAUAUCUCGAAUGUGGGUCCUUUCUGAAGAAAUCCAUUUCUAAUCACUCGCUCAGCACAUAUAUGGCUUUUAUCUGCCCCCCGCGGGUCAGUUCCCCCUGGGACUGCCGAAUCCACGUCAAGAACCGUAAUAUCUGUGGGUAUGAAGGAGCAUUGGGGCUGUUGUGCAAUGGUUCCUUGGUGGUGGAACCAACAACUCGGCAGGGAGAGACACUACAAACCCCAUCAGCCCCUGGGAUCCAGGUGCCUCUGCUGUAUGUGGGGGCGGGGCUCCUGGCACUGAUGCUGCUAUUGGUUCCUGGGCUCUUAUGGAUCAUCUGGAAACUGCGCAGAAAGCAAAGUGUCUCAGUACCAGUACCGGCAUUGGGUCCAAUUCCAACCAAUGAAUAUAAUGAGUCGGUUCCAGUGCGGGGGAAGCAGCCAGUACCGGUGCAGAUUCCUGUUGUUCCCCAUGCUGUGCAAGCCCUACAAAAUGAUGAUGAUGAUGAUGAUGAUUACGAUUUCUGCACCACACCUCCAGUGGCUCUUUCCACCUUUCAUAACCCCUCCCUAAAGACUGACAUGGGAGACAGAUGGGCAGGGUCAGCAGAGCAGGAGUUUCUUGGGAGACAAGAAUCCCAUGAAACCCAUCGCUCUUCCAGUACAUCGUCUGAGGAACAAAGCUGGUAUGAGAACUACCGAGGGCAGAACCAAGGUUACCAGGAGCUGUCGCGGCCUCCUCAGUCCCAUGCAGGGUCCUCUGAUUAUGAUGAUGUUUCCUCCAAUGCUUCAUGUUAAACCCCCGGGAAUUCUCAGGCCGAUGGGUUGAACCUACUCGGGUCCAUUCUCCUGUAAUGCACAGAGAUAAACUAAAGAACAUGGAGGAUUGGGAAACCGCAUCUUGGGGUCGUUCCAAACACAUUGAAACAUUUCAUUUCAAUACAAUAUUUGUUUUUUAGGUGGGGUGGGUUCUGGGAUUCUCCCAAUUCUGCCCCUGGUUUGGCCCUUCUGUAAGUCUCCUCCCUCCCCAAUCUCUCACUGUGGGGAUUUCCAUCACAUCAACCUGAUCCAUAUUGCCAAUCCCAGCUCCAACCUCAUUUCCUGAUCUGAUCCCUCUUGUCUGUUUUCAUUUUCUAUUUCAUUACUG